GGGCCGGCGGGGCGGGCGCCUUGCAAGCUGGUGCAGCUAGAUUAAAGGAUUUAUCUGAAGACAAAACAUUCUAUUCAUCAGAGACUAGACAAGAGUUACUCUUGCUUUUGCCAAUUAAAGAUGAUGUUGUCAUGGAAACAGUUGAUCCUGCUUUCAUUCAUUGGCUGCCUGGCAGGUGAGCUUCUCUUACAAGGCCCCGUGUUUAUCAAAGAGCCCAGCAACAGUAUUUUCCCUGUUGGUUCAGAGGAUAAAAAAAUAACAUUAAAUUGUGAAGCAAGAGGCAACCCUUCACCUCAUUACAGGUGGCAGCUGAAUGGCAGUGAUAUUGAUACAAGACUAGACCAUCGUUACAAACUGAACGGAGGAAAUCUCAUCGUUAUUAACCCUAACAGAAAUUGGGAUACAGGAAGUUACCAGUGUUUUGCAACGAAUUCUCUUGGAACAAUAGUGAGCAGAGAAGCCAAACUCCAAUUUGCCUAUCUUGAAAAUUUUAAGACCAGAAUGAGAAGCACAGUGUCAGUCCGUGAAGGCCAGGGAGUGGUACUUCUCUGUGGACCCCCACCACACUCCGGUGAACUAUCAUAUGCUUGGGUCUUCAAUGAGUAUCCAUCAUUUGUUGAAGAAGAUAGUCGAAGAUUUGUCUCUCAAGAGACAGGACACCUCUACAUAGCUAAAGUGGAGCCAUCUGAUGUGGGAAAUUACACAUGUGUGGUGACCAGCACUGUGACAAAUGCCAGAGUAUUGGGCUCCCCAACCCCUUUGGUGCUACGCUCUGAUGGUGUCAUGGGUGAAUAUGAACCCAAAAUAGAAGUCCAGUUUCCAGAAACUCUUCCAUCAGCUAAAGGUUCAACUGUGAAGUUGGAAUGCUUCGCCCUAGGGAACCCUGUUCCUCAGAUUAAUUGGAGAAGAAGCGAUGGGAUGCCAUUUCCCAACAAAAUUAAGUUGAGGAAAUUCAAUGGUGUGCUCGAAAUUCCAGACUUCCAACAGGAAGAUACAGGCUCCUAUGAGUGCAUUGCUGAAAAUUCACGAGGAAAAAAUGUGGCGAGAGGGCGGCUCACUUACUAUGCAAAACCUUACUGGGUUCAACUCUUAAGAGACAUGGAAAUUGCUGUGGAGGACAGUCUUUAUUGGGAAUGCCGGGCAAGUGGGAAGCCUAAACCCUCCUACCGAUGGCUGAAAAAUGGAGAUGCCUUAGUACUGGAGGAAAGAAUACAGAUAGAAAAUGGUGCCCUUACAAUAUCCAACCUCAAUGUGACUGACUCUGGAAUGUUCCAGUGUAUAGCAGAAAACAAGCAUGGCCUCAUCUACUCCAGUGCUGAGCUCAAGGUAGUAGCUUCUGCUCCAGAUUUUUCAAGAAACCCUAUGAAAAAAAUGGUUCAGGUGCAGGUGGGCAGCCUGGUAAUCUUGGAUUGUAAACCCAGAGCCUCUCCAAGGGCACUUUCUUUCUGGAAGAAGGGAGACAUGAUGGUGCGGGAACAGGCAAGGGUUUCUUUUUUAAAUGAUGGAGGACUGAAAAUCAUGAAUGUAACUAAGUCUGACGCUGGAAUCUACACCUGCACAGCAGAAAACCAGUUUGGGAAAGCAAACGGCACCACCCACUUGGUUGUGACAGAACCAACAAGAAUAAUUUUGGCACCUUCUAACUUGGAUGUUGCUGUUGGUGAGAGCGUCAUUUUACCUUGCCAGGUUCAACAUGACCCCCUAUUAGAUAUAAUGUUUGCCUGGUAUUUCAAUGGAGCCCUUACAGACUUUAAGAAAGAUGAAUCUCACUUUGAGAAAGUUGGUGGGAGUUCAUCUGGUGAUUUAAUGAUCAGAAACAUUCAACUGAAACACAGUGGGAAGUAUGUAUGUAUGGUACAGACAGGGGUGGACAGUGUUUCGUCUGCAGCUGAGCUAAUAGUGAGAGGUUCACCUGGACCACCGGAAAAUGUGAAGGUAGAUGAAAUUACAGACACAACAGCCCAGCUCUCUUGGACAGAAGGCACUGACAGUCACAGCCCAGUUAUAUCAUAUGCAGUCCAGGCUAGGACUCCUUUCUCUGUGGGUUGGCAAACUGUCAGAACAGUUCCUGAGGUCAUUGAUGGCAAGACACAUACAGCUACUGUCGUGGAGUUAAACCCAUGGGUGGAAUAUGAAUUUCGCAUUGUAGCCAGUAACAAAAUCGGAGGCGGAGAACCCAGUUUACCCUCAGAAAAAGUAAGGACUGAAGAGGCAGCUCCAGAAGUCGCACCUUCUGAGGUCAGCGGAGGAGGUGGAAGCCGAUCUGAACUAGUGAUAACCUGGGAUCCAGUCCCUGAAGAACUACAGAAUGGAGGAGGUUUUGGGUAUGUGGUUGCUUUCCGCCCACUUGGGGUUACCACUUGGAUCCAGACAGUGGUAACAUCCCCAGAUAACCCAAGAUACGUCUUUAGGAAUGAAAGCAUCGUGCCCUUUUCGCCAUAUGAAGUUAAAGUGGGUGUUUACAAUAACAAAGGUGAAGGACCCUUUAGCCCAGUGACAACCGUCUUCUCUGCAGAGGAAGAGCCUACAGUCGCCCCAUCUCACAUCUCUGCCCAUAGUCUGUCUUCCUCAGAAAUUGAAGUUUCAUGGAACACAAUUCCCUGGAAGUCGAGCAAUGGGCAUUUACUUGGCUAUGAGGUGCGGUACUGGAACAAUGGAGGAGAAGAAGAAUCAACCAGCAAAGUGAAAGUGGCAGGAAAUCAGACAUCAGCUGUGCUCCGAGGCCUGAAGAGCAACCUGGUAUAUUACACAGCCGUCCGGGCUUACAACAGCGCAGGUGCUGGUCCCUUCAGCGCCACAGUUAACGCGACCACCAAGAAAACCCCUCCCAGUCAGCCACCAGGAAAUGUUGUUUGGAAUGCUACAGACACUAAAGUGCUGCUUAAUUGGGAACAAGUGAAAGCCAUGGAGAAUGAAUCGGAAGUAACAGGCUACAAGGUUUUCUAUAGGACUAGCAGUCAGAAUAAUGUGCAAGUACUGAACACAAAUAAAACUUCAGCUGAACUGUUGCUGCCUAUCAAAGAAGACUACAUUAUUGAAGUUAAAGCUACCACAGAUGGAGGGGACGGCACCAGUAGUGAGCAGAUCAGGAUUCCAAGAAUAACCAGUAUGGAUGCAAGAGGAUCCACAUCAGCCAUUUCUAACAUCCACUCUGUAUCAGGUUAUAUAUCUGUCCUACUGUUCUUUAUUGUAAAUGCUCUGUGGUGAUAGGGCUUUUUAAAAAUUAUUUACUGGAAAGUUAAUUGGUUACCUCCUCCCCCCCCCCAACAAAAAAAGUGCUUUCUGAUACAGUGAUUAUGCA